UUAUCCUCCAUUUUGAUAGGUGCACCUCCCCCUUUACCAGAACUUCCAGAGCAUGUGACAUACAUCCUUGUGGGAGCUGGGACUGCAUCAUUUGCAGCUUACAGAGCCAUUAGAAAAGCUGAUAAAAGUGCAAAGGUGUUAAUCAUAGGAGAUGAAGACUAUCCACCUUAUAUGCGUCCUCCUCUUUCUAAAGAACUGUGGUAUUGUGAUGAUGAAGAACUAGUCUCUGAUCUCAAGUUUAAGCAGUGGAAUGGAAAAGAAAGAGGGUUAGACUAUCUUGUGACAAUGACAUUACUUGUGAAAUGUCUGUGGUUCUCUCGUUUACAGAUCAAAGCGGAUCAUGUGAUUGUAGCAGUAGGCCUGGAUCCUAAUGUUGAACUUGCUAGUGCUGCUGGUCUUGAGGUGGACCCAGUCCUCGGUGGUUACCAUGUCAACUCAGAACUAGAAGCCAAGUCUAAUAUUUGGGUGGCCGGUGAUGCUGCCUGCUUUUACGAUCCAAACCUCGGCAGACGGCGUGUUGAACACCACGAUCAUGCUGUGGUCAGCGGCAGAUUGGCGGGAGAAAACAUGACAGGCGCAAGAAAUCCUUAUUUUCACCAGUCCAUGUUUUGGAGUGAUCUGGGUCCUAAUGUUGGAUAUGAGGCUAUCGGGCUAGUCGAUUCUAUGCUCCCGACCGUGGGAGUAUGGGCCAAGGCAACUAAAGCUGACACGCCUAAAGCUGUGGUAGAGGCUACUGGGGAAGGAAUGCGCUCGGAAACAGAAGGAGAGGGUGCAGAGUCUUCUCCAGUCCCUACAGAGCCACCUGCACCGGCCGCGACCGAGUCAUCAGAGGAGUUUGGUAAAGGUGUUGUGUUUUACAUGAAAGGCAAGCGGGUUGUAGGAGUUGUUUUGUGGAACGUCUUCAACAGAAUGCCAAUCGCUAGAAAGAUCAUCAAAGAAGGAAAAGACCAAGACGAUUUGAAUGAAAUCGCUAAACUGUUUGAUAUUCACAAGAGCUAACUCGUUCACACACGGAAUGUUUAUACGGACACUCCUAAUUCAAACAGUUGGGUGUUGUUACUAAAAUGCUGCAGUGCCAAGUGGAUCAAGACAAGGGAAGAGAGAUGAUUUGUGGCGAGCCACUAUACAUCACUGUACUUGUGUGUUAGAGACGUUGUCAAGACAAUUUGUUGAGCUUGAAAGAAUCAUUUUUACGUCGGGCUGUACCGUUUGAAUAUAAAAUGUGGAUUGCCCAGGAGGGCACAUGUAGAAUAAAUGCUAACAAUAAAAGAAUAUUUUUAAUUCCAUCGGGUGAA